UUGAAGAUGAGGCGGCUAGGCUGCAGGUGAAAAUGGGUCUUCAGCAGGUUGUGUGGGGGGUCACCGUGGUGAUCUUUGUCUUCUGCAAAGGUUGUCAUUCACAGCCACCUGCGUAUGGCAGUCAUCCGCUCAAUACCAGAACCAUAGGAGGUCAAACUGCAGCUCCAGGGAGCUGGUCGUGGCAUGCCGCUCUCAACAUUUCCGGCAACGUUUCCUGCAGUGGCUCUCUAAUCAGCAACGAGUGGAUACUGACAGCCGCACACUGUAUCACACUUAAGGACCUCAACACCACAGUGGUCCAUCUGGGACUCCAGAAUCUGUCGGGUUCCAACCCCGGUGAAGUCAUUCGGAGACUUGCCGACAUCGUUUGCUAUCCCUUCUACAACUCAACAACAUUCGAGGACGACAUCUGUCUGCUGAAGCUGUCAUCUCCAGUGACCAUUACCACCUACAUUCAGCCCGUCUACUUGGCCGCCGCUAACAGCACUUUCUACAACGGGACCAGCAGCUGGGUCACUGGUUAUGGCAUCACUGACUUUUUCAAUACCACAGGCGGCCCUCUGCAGGAGGCGAACAUACCGAUCAUCGGAAACAAACAGUGCCAAUGCUACCACCGCUUUCAAAACAUCACAAAGAAUAUGAUCUGCGCUGGACGGAGGGACUCAUGUCAGGGAGACUCUGGAGGGCCGCUGAUGUCCAAUAAUGGUUCCGUCUUCGUCCAGAGUGGAGUUGCGAGUUGGGCCGUUGGCUGCGCCCAGCUUAGGAGUCCUGGCGUUUACACCCGCGUGUCCCGCUACCACCGAUGGAUCAACUACACCGUCACCGGCAUGAGACCGCGCUUCGUCACCUUCAUGUCCACAGGCAACAACAGUGACUUAAACUUCACUUGCCACUCACCGCCGCCAUUCUCCACCCCUUACCCACCCUUCAAUGACACCUACCCACCCUUCCCCACCAGAGGUCCACACUUCACCUUCUACCCACCCUUCACCUACCCACCAUUCACAACCGACUACCCCCCUUUCCGUCCCAGACCCUGCGACCCUAACUUCCCAAGUGCAUUUUGUGCCGGUGAAAACCUGAUCCACUUCACUAACUUCGUCGCUCUGUCCGUUCUUGCCCUGGUGCUUCAAGCAUUCGUCGGCAGCGGCUGAAUGCAACUUUGCACAAAUUUGUACAAGUUUCAGCUCAGGUCAACCUCACAACUGUGUUGCUUUCAUGGCAUUUAACAACUAUUUGGAGGGGUAAUAUUUUACUUUUAAUUUAACCACAUCAGACAGACUGCCCACCAAUAAAUCCACGUAGAGCUCAGGGUCAAUUAAAUAUAUCGAUUUGCUCUGUUGUCUUAUUUUAAUUAUGUUGUGAAUGUUGCUGUGGGCAUAAAGGUGUUUGAAAGUUUGUGAUCAUCAUUAGCAAAUUAAACCUUUAAUUCUAGAGUGAUCAGAUGUUAUAAUCACACAUGUACUCAUUUAUAUCAGACAAAAUCUGACGCACUUUAAUUUUCAAAGCUUUUUUCAAAUCUUGUUUUGUGAAGCAGUUUUGGUUUCGUGAUUAAAACACGCAAUAAACUAUUUUAAAACAGAA